GUUGGAAAAUGAACACAAUUAGGUCUAGAAGAUGUUGUAGCAAUAAUGAUUCCUGAACCCAAAGGAAAAGAGAUAGUGAGCCUCUUGGAGAGGAAUAUUACUGUGAUGAUGUACAUAACAAUUGGAACACGCAACUUGCAGAAGUACGUCAGCCGUACCUCCGUGGUGUUCGUCUCUAUCUCCUUCAUUGUGUUGAUGAUCAUCUCACUGGCGUGGCUGGUUUUCUAUUACAUUCAGCGAUUCCGCUAUGCAAAUGCCAGAGACAGAAAUCAGCGCCGGCUUGGAGAUGCUGCAAAGAAAGCAAUCAGCAAGCUGCAAGUCAGAACAAUCAGGAAAGGUGAUAAGGAAACUGAGCCAGACUUUGAUAACUGUGCUGUUUGUAUUGAAGGCUACAAGCCCAAUGAUGUUGUCAGAAUCUUACCUUGCAGGCAUCUUUUUCACAAGUCCUGUGUAGACCCCUGGCUGCUAGACCAUCGUACCUGCCCUAUGUGUAAAAUGAAUAUUCUAAAAGCUCUAGGGAUUCCGCCGAAUGCAGAUUGCAUAGAUGAUAUACCUCCAGAUUUAGAAGCGUCCAUAGGAGGACCACCAACCAACCAGAUAACGGGAGCUAGUGAUAUAACGGUCAACGAGAGCUCUGUAGCCCUGGAUCCUCCAGUCCGGACUGUGGGAGUACUACAAGUCAUCCAAGAUGUAGACUCCUUUCCCCAGGUUGGGGAGAGUAACUUCACAACAAGCAAUGAACAGGAGCCAGCAGUCAGCAGUGAUUCAGAUAUUUCAUUGAUUAUGGCAAUGGAGGUUGGACUGUCUGACGUGGAGCUUUCCACUGAUCAAGACUGCGAAGAGGUGAAGUCUUGAAAAACAAACAGAAAUCGACACUAAACUACAGGGGAGGGUCACAGGGAGGGACCGAGUCAGCUUUGUAGGAUUUGGACCAGUCAUGCACACACCUCCAGAGCACUGUCACUCCAGCACACUCCAUUCUGAGACGGUCACGAAAAGCAAUAGCAACAGUUGUGUCUGCCUGGUUGCAGUUUCAUCAUCUACACGUUCGUUUGGUUCACAUGGAAGAUGAAAGCUUCCCGUUUACCCAUGUGCUUGAGAGCAUUCAUGCAAUUCUUCAGUGGCUCAUAAAUACGCAACUGAAAUGACAGCUUGAGUGUUUUCUACACUUGUUCAAUCGGGUUUUUGUUGGUUUUUUUUAAGACCUAUGUAUGUUUGUUUGUUUGUUUAUAGUUUGUUAUGGACGGACACUAUAUUUUUGUUGACUGACCCCAACUUUUUCAAGAGUUCAAUCCAGAAAUUUCAGUUCCCGUCCACUGGUCACUUCAUGAUCUGACUCCAGGAUUUAUUAUUGCCUUGACAUUUCUGCAUGACGUAUACGUGGCUUCAGAAGGAUAGUGCUUCAGCACCCUGUGUUAAUAUGAAUCCUGCUUUUGUUAAAUGGGGCCUUGGAAAUCAUGUAUUUUGAGAGUUUGUAUUUUUAGGAGAGCUCUGAAUUAACAGAGAUUGCUGAAUUUUUAUUUAAAACUGCAUUAUGUUGGCUUUUAAGUAGAGCUCUAUUCAAAACAAGUUUGGUACCAUAUGAGGGAGAGAAAGAGAAGCGUUAACUUGUCCUAGGAAUCCUUUGCUGUUUUUUAGGCUAUUAGCAGUUGUCAAUACGUUAAUGGCCUUCCUUCAAGUCACAACUCAGUAGCUGGAAAAGAAGAUCUCGUAUAACACUGUGUAUUUUCUUAAUUUUACAGACCAAAAUCUGACCAGUAGGCCAAAGGAGUGUCUGAGAGGGUUCCAGAGGGUGCUUGUUAACAGCUGCACAUUAUGAGGAUGGCAGAAAUAUUCUGAGAAAGGGUCUAGAGAUGCUAAUAGCAGUGUCAAAAAUUGCUAAAGAAGCAAGAGGCAGCUGGAUGAAAUGUUUACUUCUUGUUUUAUUUUUUUGCUUGAUAUGUUUCAUUUCUAAUUUUUUAACUGCAGUUUUGCCUGUGCGUUAUCAAACACAAGAAUCCAGGUGUUUCCUUGCCUUCAGCGUCCCUGUUAAUGUUAUCACAAGCAUAGCAGAAUACGUGCAAUUUAUAUAGAACUAUGUACAGCAAAAAAUUUUGGGGAGGAAAUUUGGAAACAAACAGAAGUAACAUAAACCAAAACAUCUAAAUAACAAUGACCUGUAAUUAUUAUUUAGUCCAUCCUGAAUGACGUUUUUGAGAGAAAAGCUUAUUUUGUCAUGUUUUUAGUAUACAAUUUCAUUUUUCAGUCAAAACAUUUAGCUGUGAAGAAGGACUUUUAGCUUACUGUUACACAAGAGUAAACGGUUUCUGUUGGCAAGUCAGAUGGUUGAAAUCACGUUACAGCCUCCUGAGUAGGUCAGGAGAUUGAACAAUUCAGCUUGCAUCAAAAUUUCACAGAGAGGUCAAAUAUUUUCACUUAAUUGUGUCACAGCAGCAUCUCAAAAUGCCAAUAUGAGGGUUUGUGCUCCAUUUAAUUUCCUUGUGUUUACGCAUUAGCUGUGGAAACUAACUCCCAGACAAAAUUGGGCCUGUUCAAUCUUAUUCAGGAACAAAUGUGUUUACUACUAUCUCUAAAAUUGUUAGUAGCUUCUUUUUAAUUAUAGGAAGAAGGAAAAAUUAGUCUCCAUGCUUUUUGGUCCAGUUAGAGCUCAGUUAAUUUUAUAGCUCAGUUUUUUAAUGUUCCCAGUCCAUAAACUGCAGGGUAAGUUUGAGGCAAAGGAACACAAGCUAAUACUACUUCAAAACCAUGAUUCAGAAACGUGCCACUACAUUUUUAUAAACUUUUCAAAAGGACAUCUCUUUUUAAUUAAUGAUGAGAUGUAGACCGUUAGAGAUCUAUUUGGUUUAAAAAGGAAGUUAGAGAUAGUCCCAGACUGUGUGCCUGCCCUUGUUCACUCUUGCCAAUAAUUGUGGGUUUAUAAUCAUAUUUUUCAUAUUUUUUAGUGUCCUCUCUAUUCCCUGUUGCUACGUGAAACGCCCAUAGCGUCAGGGGAACUGAUGGUGAAAUUCACCCCUACGCAGAGAGUUUGCACAAGGUACCACGUGAGCUCCACUUAAGCCCUGGAAAUAAUGCUGAAAUGGGAUUUAAGUGGUGCAUACGCCUAAUACUGGCCUUUCACACAGGAAUGAAAUUCACCUCAGAUGAUAACGCAGGGCAAAGCGAGAAACUGAUUAUAUGCAGCCAGGUCUCCCUGUGGAAAGUAACCCCCUGGUACUACAGAGAACUUACUUCUUCUCUAACACCUUCCAGUUUUGCUGAGGCCUGGGCGUUACAUGUCGCAGGAGCAUCAGUAACGGGAUGUCUGAGCUAUCUGCAGUCCUUUAGCAUCGGUCCAUGGCAGAUCAGCGAUCAAACAAAACUCUGGCCUUAGGAAGUACUGUUUCCGUUCCAGAGGAGCUGUUGAAAAAUCUCCAUUUUAUUUUAAAAACUUAAUGAAAUUAAUCCCAGUGGGCAGAUUGACCGAUUAUCUGUUGCCAUAAUGGAGUCACUGCAGCACAGCACAGCAAGCAAAGUCCACACUUGUGUGAGAGGCUGUAAAAAUGCAAGCUGAGGCAGGAGGUGAAACUUGCAGCUGGUUCUGAAUUGGGUCAUUUGCCCAGUAAUAGCAUUACAGGGAGCUGUGCUCAAAUGUGCAUCACAGCAGAUAUGUAACUGAGACCCUGCCCUUGUUGGUAGGAGCUAGGGAAGCAUUUGCAGAGGAGGAUCAUGCUGCGCGUGCUCCCGAGGCAUCUGCUGCCGGCUAGCGACAGAAGAAGAGUGCUCAGCUAUGGGGGCUAAUUUUACAUAUUACCAUACUGUGGUCUUGUCAAGAGUUGUCCUAGCAAACCUGGCUCAGGCUUCUUUCAGCUCUUAUUUUCCAAAUUCUACCUGUGGAACAGACAUUUUUCCAUUUCUUUCCUCAGUUAUUCUAUAGGUCUGAGCAUUGUUAAACGGUAACCAGUGCAAGGCCAGGUAACGUAUCACGGAAGCCCAAACUUAAGAAAGCACUUAGGUAAAUGUUUAAAUCCGCCCUUGUUCAGAAAAGCACUUAUAUCUAAUUUUGGACUUGUACUGAAAUCACGUUGUUUUCAAGAGGUCUUAUAUGAGUGUAUUUAAGCCCUUGCGUCAAAUGGAAAUGCCUUCCUGAAGCAGGACCUGGUUGACAAUGUAUUUUUGUAUAUAAAACCUGUGAAAUGCCUUGGGAAUUUGAAGUGCUUCAUAAAUAUUAAGACCCCAGAGGUAUGUUUGUAACACACAUGAAAGCCUUAGUUCUGCAGAUCUGUGCACCCCUGCGUGAUGUUGCCUGUGCAAGCCUCUCCACUGCAGCUCCUCAUGGGGGUAAAAUUAAACCUCCUCAUCUGCAGGUCUGGGCAAGGUUAGUCCCUUCUUGAGCGCUCUGUGGUUCCUCGCUACAGCUGCCUGCUGAGCCUGGGGUCUGGCAUUAAAUCUCCUCCGUGGAUAUGAGGGCUUCAGAUACCCGAGGUACAGCACCAACUAUUCAGAGCAGGAAGCAGCCCGCUGGCCGCAGCCAGGCAAAGCCAAAAUCCUCUGGUGCCCUCAUGUGAAUAAUCCUGCAGGCUCGCGCUGUGACUGCCAGUGCUCUGCGCGGGUCACUUCUCGGUGACUGGUGUCACCUCGUGGCCCUGCCCCAGGCUGGAGGCAGCGCGGCUCUUUAAGAAAAGCAUUCUUGUCGCUAAGCUGAUCUUAUUUCUCUCCAAGAUGGUCCUGUUCCUUUCAUCUGAAGAUCUUUUCUCUUAUUUUCCAUUAGCAAGUAUGCGCAAACUAGCAUGUGGGAGAAAUACUUGGCUUCGUGAAGCUGGUCUGCUCUCUGGCUGAGUUACAGGAUGAAACUUGGACAAACAGAGCCUGUGCUCUGAUUUCCUUUGGUUUUCAUGGGUUUCAUUAAGCUGGCUUCUGAAAGGUCUGUUCUGUUCAAUAGGACAUACAAAACAGUUACAGGGGCAUAAUUUUGCACUCACAGAUAACUUACUGGGUGCAUGUGGAUAUGCAGGCACACCGCGUGCAAGGUGCUGGCUGUGCAUCCGGGCCUCAUCGCUCACCCGUUCUGACGGGGACACAGAUCUGGCACAUGCUGGGGUUUUUUUACAGCUUAUUUUAAAGCAUCACAGAUUUGAUCUGGACAAUCAUAACACUACAACUUGUCCUUUAAGCUUUCUAUACAAUCGAAUUUCCAUAUAUGUGUAUGUAAGUGUAUUGAUAUGCGUAUGGAAACUAUUAUAGUGAAAACAGAAGCAACCAUCAUUUUUAGGCUGUUUUUGUAUGUGAGAGAUUGUGGCAUUAAAGAAAAAGGCUCUAUAGAAGCGAUUAAAAAAAAAGAAGAUUGAAAUCACACGUGAAAAGAGGUCCCUAGAAUCUCACUGCUUUAGUUUAAUGACCUCUGGAUCAGGUCCGCAGGAGGUAGUUGCAAGAUCAGUCCUUUGUCUCUUAUUGCAGGACUAGUUUGUGGUACAUAAUUGUUUUGUUAACAAAAUGAACCCAAGUACCAGAGAUGGAUCCAGCCCCAAAUUUAAUCUUUCAUGAAGAAUAUGCAUUUUGUGAUCUUGUUCAAACCCGUGAAUCUACCUUCUUUUCCUUGUCCUUGUUGUGACAAUUGGUCUGUACUGAAAUGACAAUGUAGGUUAUGCAUAACAAAGGAAAAUGCAUUGCAGCUUGUGCAGCUGGGUCUCUCCCAGAUUUUGUUUAUAGGUGGCUUGUUCUUUCCUGGUCACUGUCCACACAAAAGCUCAUGACUAAGCUUAUAGUUUGAAAUAAGCUAAGAACAAGACGUUACAGUUUAUGCAAACCAAGAAAACCAACAGUCAUUUUCUAAAUUUCAUUAGCGGUAAUGGAGAUUUUUUUUUUUUACCACUUUUUGGUUUUGUAGGUGCCAAAAUCACCAAUCUGCUAGGAAUACGGGCCAGGACAAGCUGACUGUCUAAACAGAAGAGGGAAGGCUUGAUUUGCUGUUGUGACGCAUCCCUUUUGGAGGACUAAAAUGGGAAAAAUCCAGCCUGUUCCUUCCCGGCCCCUCUCCCAAAGGCUCACUCGAGUGGCAGCCUUUGGUGCAGGGAAAGGAA